AUGUCCCUCACACGGCCAUCCGUCCAUUUCCAUCGCGUUGAUGAUGGUGUAAGCAAUCGCCGGAAAAUAGACGUACACGCACAUGUGCUGCCAACGAACAUCCCGGAUUUUCAAAAGAAAUUUGGCUAUGCCGGGUUCGUUACCCUGGAUCAUCGUGAGGAUGGCACCACAAACAUGAUGAAGGAUGGGAAACUCUUCCGGGUUGUCGAACCAAACUGCUUUGACACCACGGCUCGACUGCGAGACAUGGAUACGGCCAAAGCAAAACCCGAGCACACCGAAGAAGUGAACCGUUUCAUCAACGGUGAUUUGUUGGCGCAAUGCGGACUGGCACCAAACAGACUUAUACCUCUCGGCAUCCUGCCAAUGAACGACAUCUCACGAGCUGUCGAGGUGUGUUUCCGUUGA